ACGUCAAAAGCUUAAUAUGUGAUAUUGUACGAUUCCACAGUAAUUCUUCUAGAGUGGUUUCCAAGUCAUGCUGACAUUAUUUAAUUUUAAUUUAAUAGCUUUUGUAUCGGUCUUUAUUGUAACAAGGAUUAAUUAUACAUUAGCAGUAACUGAUGGUGAUUGCAUUUAUCUGAAUGGAGCUGAGUAUUUCCACUAUUCGCCCGGAGGUUAUGAUCCUACUAACAACAUUAUCUCUGAUUUAGAGUGUAGAGCUAAGUGUGGAUCAUUUUUUCUACCAUAUUCGGGAAUAUUACAACAAAAGCUCUGCUUGUGUGCUAAAGAUAGUAAAGUUGAAAAUGUACCGGUUGCACCACCAGAAGAAUGUGGUACAAAUCCAGAUCUCCUUGUCUUCUAUCGAUCAAACAUAAUUAUAUCUGUAACUGAGCUAUCAGUUAAACCAUCUGAUGAUGUAGUCCAGACUGCAAUUGAUGUUGUAUUUUCUGUAAGCCAUGCUACUGGAGAAACGGUAGAAUUCACCAUUGACUAUGGAGAUGGCAGUUAUGGAACUUUCAAUGAUGUGCAUGAUGUUCAGGCACAUAAAUACUUUGUGCCUGGAAAAUAUAAAGUUCAGGUUUCAGCCAAACCUGUUGGUGCCCCUGAAUCUUACAGAGUACUUGCAAGUACGGAAGUGACAGUUGCAGACAUGAUUGAAGAUAAAAGUGUAGUGUUCAGUUGUCCUCCUGUAGUGAAGCCAACUGUAGUUGUGACAUGUAAUUUAACUACAAUUACUGGAGGAUUUGUAACAAUGGAAAUUGAUUAUGGGGAUGAAUCUGAUAAAGUUUUAAUGGGGCUCCCAGAUACAAAUGUUCAAGCAAUAGGACCUUUGAUCCCUCAACACCUUACACCUGAUAUGGCUCCUAAAGAAUCUGGCUACAUGCUUGUAAUACCUCAAAUAGAACCUGUAAAUACCAGGGGUCGUCUUUCUGCUGUACAACUCUGGGCUUUAGAAUCUGGUGCUAUGGCUGUUAUGGUCCUGAAGAAAAAAUGUCCAGAAAAUGCUGUUUGUCCUGUUGUAAAGGAUGUUCGAAGUUGUACUAAAGAAGAGGCAUUUUGUGCCCAACUACAAACCUGCACCAGCAAUAAAAUACUUAAAUGCCCUUCUCAUAAUCUUGACAAAGUUCUUGAAUUUGAAAUUGCGCAUGUUGUACAGAUCAUGGUUGAAGCUGGUCAUCAGUAUGUUACACUAACAGAUACUCCUGAAGUUUUCCCUGGAGACCUCAUUGCUUUUAUUUCUGCAAUGGCAAAAGUGGCAUAUAGAAAGCCAUUUUUAAAAGAACAAGCAGAUUUAGGAGCUGUUACAUUUGAUAUGCAAGAAACUGUGAUACCACAAGAUGCUUUAGCUAAUACUCAAAAAGUGCACUAUUUCCAAGCUAUUAUAAAUAAUCCAAUAGAGCUUGGUGUUCAAUACAUGUUUAGUAAAAAAAUAGGUAUGCAUGAUGUAAAUAUGAAACUAUCAAACAAAUUUUCUACGGAGCCUGUAUUACGAAAGCAGGAAGUAGAUUCACAAAGGCCUCUGGCUGGACUGAAACUUAGUGUAACUCCUCCUGAUGUUUCUACAACUGAUCAAGUUGUUAUUGAAAUAAAAAUUAGUGGAGGCACAUUUGUUGACUUAGUUUGGGAAUUUGGAGAUGGACGAUCUAAGAAGGAAUUCUUAAGAGAGGUGAAGAAAGGUGGUAAAUAUGAGAAGACGUACAAAUAUCCUGAACCUGGAGUAUAUGUGAUUCGAGUGAGAGCUUCCAACCCUCAUGCUAACUUCAGUCAGGUGCAUGUGCUUAAAGCCCAACGCCCUGUGCUUCCAAUUUAUGGUGUUAUGACUAAUACACCACAGAUACUUCCAAGUGCCAUCAACUUUGAUUUGUCUUAUCCAGCAUCAGAACUUCUCCCUACUAAUGCCACCGCAGUCUUUACAUUUGGUGACAAAAAAACAUUUAAAUGGAAUAUUCCAAAAGACGGUGAAGGUAUACAAGAGGCUUUUGAACACAAGUAUAGAAAACCUGGAGUAUAUCUUGUUAAUAUCCGAAUUUCAAACAUUGUGUCAUCGUACACACUUUUAACCGAGGUUGAAACGGCUGUAAGAAUAAGAGACUUAGCAGUAAAUAUACUUCACAGCCCAUUACUUACCAGUCAUGAUCAGAUUGCUGGUUUUGGUCCUGAUAAGAAUAAGUUCCCUAUAGAAAGAAAUGUGACAAUGCAUAUGAGUGUUGCCACAGGUGAAGUUGAACUUUACAUUGUUCAAAUGGCAAAUGGAACAACAUUAAUGAAUAGUUCUGAUACAUCAUACACUAUGAUGUUUCAAGAGCCUGGCUAUUAUAAUUUCACUGUAUCUGCCUACAAUCAUGUACAAAAAACAACUGAUCCUGUAUUUUUAUUUUUGUACUUAAUGGAACCAGUUGAAGGCUUGAUAGCAAUAGACAAUGUAAAUGCUACCCUUGAAGAAGAAGAGGAUAAAGAGUUUGAGGUAUAUUUAGAGAGAAUUGGCACAGACACGUGCUUACUAGUUGAUUAUGAUGAUGGAACAGUGCUGAGGGCAUUUGGAAAUGGCGAGACUUGCAACGAUACGGCCGAAGAAGUGGUUUGGGAAGGUGAACUUGAAAAUCCUCUUGUGAUCCGACAUUCAUACAUAUCAAAAGGAUAUAUUGAUGCCUUCUUCAAGGCAUUCAAUGCCAUUUCAGAAGUAAAUACAACUAUCAGGUUCUUUAUUACCAAUCAAACUUGCAAAGCUCCUGAUUUGGCCAUCAGGAAUAGGAUUCCAAAUUAUUACCUGGCUCCAGAAGUUUACAGGUCUAUACCUGUUGUGUUAUACUCUUAUACAACAAUGAAGUGUAACGAUUCAAGCGAAACUGUGAGAUAUUGGAGUGGUUACCGAUUAAAUGAAACAAAUGGAUUAGUUCUUGAAGAAAUCGAUUUGACCAUGGUAGAUUCAUAUAGAAAAUCUAUGCUGUAUUUAAGGCCUUUCUUAUUGAAAGGAGGUCUUUAUAAGUUCAAAUUUACUGUGAAUAUGACAGUAUUUAUACAAAAUCCUCCGCUAAUUCUUGUGAGAGCUGUUGAAACUUACGUUAAAGUAGUGCCUUCACCUGUUAUCGUUAGACUCACAGAAGGAGCGCAGUCUCGUGUGACUCGAGGCUGGGGACAAGGCUUAGUUUUAGAUCCUGGGCAGAACUCUAUUGACCCAGAUGAUGAAAACAACAAAAAUUUUACGAUUAAAUGGUUCUGCAGACGUUUACCUGGUGAAGUUAUAAACAGAAAUCUGACUGAAGAUUUGCAAAAUAUGUCAGAUCCCAUCUAUGAUCGGAGUGUCUUAUAUAGAGAAAGGCCAACUGGCUUGCCCCCUCCCAGCUCAGAUGAGAGCAGUGAAGAAGAAGAAGGAGCUCUUGAUGGUUUGUUAGAGGAAGCAGAUCUUGGGGGAUGUUUCGGAAAAGGGCCAGGCAUGAUUAAUGUAACUGAAGGCUAUGUCAAUUGGAAUACAACAGUAUUUCGACGGUCUAAUGUCACUUAUGAAAUUAUAUUGAAGAUAGAGAUGUCAGAUAGAGACCCUAGUUGGGGUGGCUUACAAAUAGUACUUUUAGAGCACAUACCUCCUGUGAUUAGUGUCGAGUGCCAAACUGAAAAAUUAUGCUACCCUAAUGAUCCAAUUGGCCAGCGUAUAAACCCUGUUAGAGUGGGUCUGAUUGGAUUGUGCAAAGACGGCUGUGAUACUGAAUUGCUUUAUGAAUGGCAAGUGUUUGGAGUUGAUGCAGAAGGCAAUGAAACAUAUCUCGCUGAGGCCGGAGAGUUUCUUGUUGGUGCAACUGAGAAAAAGAUGGCUUUAAGUGAAGACUUUUUCAAGGAAUAUUAUCCAACUUAUGGUGAUUUUAUUGCCAAACUGAUAGCAGAAAAUGAGUAUGGAUUAAGAGGAGAAUCAGAUCUUUUCCUCCACAUUAAUCAACCACCCGAAGGAGGGAAUUGCACAAUUGUGCCAGAAGUUGGAAGAGCGCUGAUUGAUGUUUUUUCUGUCAGCUGUCUUGGUUGGCAAGAUCCUGAAGGAAAAGAGAUUGAAUAUUUUGCAUUUUGGACCAUUCACAAUGACACGGCUGCACUUAUUUAUUUGAGUGCUGGUCCUGACCCUGAAGCUCAACUCGUAUUGCCUUACGGUCUCUUUGAAUUGGGUGUGGAUAUAAAAGAUAAAGAAGGAGCCUUAGCACGAAUCAAUAUUACUACAAUGAUGUUGGAACCACCAUUUAAACAAGACUAUGAUAAUUUUAUGAAUAACAGACAACUCGAACAAGUAGAAGCCUCGGGUGAUCAAGCUCGGAUGAACCAAGUCUCUCAAGCAUUAUCAUCACUGAUGAGCGUGCGACUUCCUCUUGAUGAGAACAGCACAUAUGAGGAGGUUACUACAACUGAUCCUGGUUUACUGGACAAAGAAGCUGAAAUGAAAGCUCAAACACGUCUUAAAAUGGUUCGAUCUGUAGGAAGUGUAAUGAAUACUGAUACAUUGGGACAUUUAGAGCAAAUUGGAAGUGCUCUGACUGCAAUUGCUGGUGAAGGAGCUGGCAUUGAUAAUGAAGGAAUGGAAGCUAUAAUUAUGUUAUUAAAUAAAACAGUCUCUUUGGCAAAUAAUAUGCAAGUGGAAGCGCCUCAGCAACUUUUAGAUUUUUGUAUGUAUGCAGUAGGAACUAUGGGUGGAAUAGUGUCGAGAAUGACUGAACAAUUGAUUUCUUGUGUUGUGUUGCCUACUGACAGACAAAAAGCUUUGGAUUUUGAAUAUGAUGUUGAAAUCCCUCUUUAUGAAGAUGGGAAAGGAGAAGAAGAAAAAGAUAGUUUCUUUGAUGGAACUAUUCCUUUAGAAGAAGCUUUAAACAAAGCAGUUAUUAAGCAUGAAAAAUCACAAUCUGAAGGCCACAUACGAACCAUUGUUGAUCUUACUAUACGCUUAGUUUUGACUAUGUUAAAAAAUAUAAUUGUUGGAGAAAAACCUAUGGAAUUUAUGGCUCCAAGUGGGCUUGGUCUUACUAUAUCAAUGUUUAAAGGUGGUACUUUGAGCAAUCGUGCUAUUCAACAUGGUGAUGCCGUAUAUGUUUUCCCUGAAGUUUGUGAUAUUCUCUCUGAAAUAGGUUGCUGGGGUAAUGAGACUCUAGGUGUAAUGGCUGUAUCUUGGCCUGCAAUUCUGGAUUCUUAUGGUGAUAGUGUUGAUCUUUUGUCAAAUGACACAAAAACUAUGCAGCUGAUAAUGCUUGACGAAAAUUUAGAUAUGAUGCAUAUCGAUAAUAGUAGUGGCUGGUUUACAAUAAAAGUUCCCAGAGGAAGCAAGAAAGAAGGAGCAGAACCGGCACUUCCUGAACCAAAUUUUGUUUACGCGCAAAUCAAGUGGAAUGAAGAAAUGGUCUAUCAUCAAUUCAUUGUUGAGAAAGCUGAUUCAGCUGUUAAUGUUGAAAUUACUCCAUCUGACCCUGAAGUGGAUCUUCUUAUUUUUGUAAAGCACAGAGUGAAGCCAGUGUUACAUUCUUAUGAUUUGAUGAUUAAUAUGGCUAAUGUUAGAGAAGAGAAUGGAACCUAUGAUCUCUUCUUAAAUAAUGAAGUUAUUCAAAACAGAACCGGUUUCUUUUAUCUUGGUAUAAUUGAGGCCAAUAGCACAGCUCAAAACAAUUCCAUACCCGAUGAAAUGACAUUUGACAGCUCUGUUAAUUUCACUCAUGGUGAAGCUGUUCGGGACUUUUCUACCAAUUAUUCUGUGAGGAUUUAUACUUCUGGAUGUUACUUUUAUAAUUACGAUUUGAGAAUAUGGUCUGGUGCUGGUUGCUAUGUUGAGAAUGCCACAGCAGCUCUUACACAAUGUAAAUGCAACCAUCUGACAUCCUUUGGUGGAGGGUUCUUUGUUGCACCAAAUACAGUAGAUUUCUCUUAUGUUUUUGCCAAUGCUGGUUUUGCCGAUAAUGUGACAAUCUAUAUGACAAUAAUUAACAUAAUGCUGAUAUACCUGGGUCUAUUGGCAUGGGCUCGGCGACAAGAUAUCAAAGACAGAGAAAAGCUUGGAGCUACACCAUUGCCUGAUAAUGAUUCUGAUGACAAAUAUUUAUAUGAGAUGAUAGUCUUUACUGGGAACAAGGAUGCUGCAGCUACAGAUUCAAAAGUGCAAUUUAUCUUAUCUGGAGACGAUGAUGAAACUGUUGUCAGAACUUUGGAGGAUCCAAAGAGGAAAUUAUUUAGGCGAAAUGCUGCAGAUACUUUUGUGAUGGCCACACCAAGGCCACUUGGACGGCUGAACUAUUUGAGAAUUUGGCAUGAUAAUGCUGGGAAAGGAAAAUUCAAGUCAUGGCUUUUAAAUUUUGUUGUGAUUCGAGAUGUGCAAACAAAUGCAAGAUAUGAGUUUGUUUGCAACAGAUGGUUGGCUGUAGAAAAGGAAGAUGGACUGAUCGACAGACUCCUGCCUGUUGCUGGUAAAGGAGAAGCAACUGAGUUCGGUCACUUGUUCCAUCAAAAGACACAGAAGAACUUGUCUGAUGGCCACUUGUGGUUCUCUAUUUUCAUGAGACCACCUAAAAGUCGAUUUACCAGAGCCCAACGAGUCACUUGCUGCUUUGCUAUGCUGUUUUUGUCAAUGUUAGUGAAUGCUAUGUGGUAUGGCCGAGUACCAUCUAAACCAAGUGGAUCAGCAUUUAGUCUUGGGCCCUUAUCCCUCAGUCCUGAGCAGAUUGGUGUUGGUGUUAUGGCUAAUUUUAUUGUGUUCCCUCCCACAUUUUUGAUGAUAACGUUGUUUAGAAAGACUCGUCUGCGCAAUUUAAGGCCUUCACAUAUUACUGAUGCUAUUAAGAAGCAACAGGCUGCUUCAAAAAAGAAAGGCUCAACAUUUUCUAGACCAGGCUCUGCACUUUCUGGAACAACAUUGAUUUUAGAUGAUAUUUCCCAAGAGGAUGAAUCUCGCAGAGAAAAUCGCUUUGGACUGCAAAAACAGAAGAAGAAAAAGAAGUUCUUAUUUCCAUGGUGGUGCCGUAUCAUCGCUUGGAUUCUGGCAGUGUCUAGUAUUAUUGUAUCAUGCUUCUUCCUAUGGGCUUAUGGUGUUCAAUUUGGAGAUGAAAAGACAAAAAAAUGGGUUACAUCUCUUCUGAUAUCUUUCUUCAGUUCAAUCUUAGUUACUCAACCUAUUAAGGUUUUCUUAGUAGCUAUGUUCUUUUCUGCAAUAUUCAAAAAAGUUGACACAGAAGAUGAAGAAGAUGAGGACGAAGAACCACCAGAAUUAGCAUCUGAUGAAGAAUGGCUACAUAAAGAUCCAGAUACAAAAUCAGAAAAAGCAAAACUUCUCUAUAAGCCUGCUGACAUGGAAAAAAUGGAGAGAGCUAAACUAGAGCGUAUGAAAGAACUCCAAAUGACUUCCAUACUGAAAGAAAUGAUUUCCUACGCUUUCUUCAUUUGGAUUCUAACAAUUUUGAGUUAUGGCAAUAGAGAUCCCAGUGCAUAUUACAUGAGACAAAAUCUGAAAGACACAUUUAUUAGAGAAGGAAAUGAAAACCAUGAUUUUAUGGCAAUAACUAGCACAGCUGAUUUCUAUAAAUGGACAAGAGAAGUUUUAGUUCCUGAAUUGAUUGUGGGCAAAUGGUAUAAUGGGGAUCAACCUUUUGGCUUAAGAGGAUUCUUAAAUGACAGAGUCAAUAGAAUUAUGGGAUAUGGUGUUUUGAGACAAGUUCGCAUAAAAGAAAGAUCCUGUAAUGUCGAUAAGCGAGUGAAAAGCAUAACUGAAGUAUGCCGAUCACAGUCAAGCAUCAUUCAUGAGGACAAAAAGAGUUACGAGCCUGGGUGGAAGGUUGAAGCAAUGAAUGACACAAAUGAUGAAUAUCGAUACAGAAAAGCAAAAGAACUGAAUGGUUUGCCUUUCUGGGCGAUUCGGGAUGUUUAUGGUGGAGGAGGCUAUGUCUUUCCAUUGAGGGGCACACCUGAAAAACUGAAAGAAGAAAUAUUCCGUUUAGAAAAAAGUGAUUGGAUUGAUCCUCAAACCAGAGCUGUUUUUGCUGAAUUUUCAGCUUACAAUGCUCAAGUAAACUUAUUUGGUGUUAUGACUAUUGUCGCUGAGUUUUUACCUGGAGGUGGUGUCGUUCCAUUCUAUCGACUUGAAGUCAUCCGAUUAAUGAGAUACCAUCAAGGAUUUGGUGGAUUUGUAAUGGCAUGUGAGUUGGGAUAUGUUAUUUAUACUCUCUACUUCUUAAUUCGGGAAUGGAAGAAGUUUAGGCUAGAAGGAAGAGACUAUUUUAAAUCUUACUGGAACUGGGCUGAAGUGGCUGUUAUUUGCUUGUCUAUCAGUGGUAUAACAUUCUAUGCUUACCGAAUGAAAGUCACUAGAAAAAUAUUAAGUACAUUUGAGAAGACGCAUGGGAAUGGCUAUAUAAAAAUGCAAUAUGUCGCCUCUGUUGAUGAGGUGUUUGGUUUCUUGAUUGCUUUCUUGAUGUUCAUAGCCAUAUUGAAGUUCAUCAAGUUGCUGAGGUUUAACAAGAGGAUGGGAAUCCUCUACAGCACGUUAGCUGCAUGCGCCAAAGAUUUGAAAUCAUUCUUUGUCGUUUUUGGCUGUAUUUAUCUGGCAUUUGUACAGUUCUUCUACUUGGUAUUUGGCGUGACCAUGAGAGAGUUCUCUUCGUUCGUGACGGCAGCGGAGUCCACGUUUGCUAUAAUGAAUGGUGGUGGUUUUGAUUUUGAUGCCAUUUGCUUGGCGGCUCCAAUUCUCGGCCCUCUGUCCUUCUUUGUUUUCUGUCUCGUUACUACCAUCAUUUUACUCAACAUCUUUGUUACACUCAUCCUGAGCUCUUUCCAGGAUGUCAAAGAAGACAUCGGAAAACAGGCCAACGACUACGAAAUCAUCGACUUCAUGUGGAAGAAGUUGAAGGGCUUCUUCUUCAUCUUUGACGACGACAAGCCGAAUAAUGAUGAUUUCGACAAUGAUGUCAAGCCCAUCUUCGGCAUUACGAAAUUGAGUUCCAAUGAUGACAAGAUACAGGAUUUCCCAGAAAAAGUUGACAGGCUUUUAAAUCACAUAAAUUCUUUCUAUUUUGAUGGUCAGUUGGAUCUGAAUAGUAAAAAAGCAUUGAAAAGCUUGUAUAAGAAAGAAGAAGAUAAUAAUGAAUACGAUUUUGGAAUGAAAAAAGGUUCGUCAAAAAUGGAUAAAAUGUCGUUUAUGAGCAACUGGAACAAUCGAUAAAAAAACUUUUCAUUUCUUUGUCUAAAUUUGCACCUCUAAGUGUUGCAUUGCAUUAGUGCAAUGUCUUAGUUUUUAUUGUUAAAAUUUUGUUUAAUAUUAAAUUUCAUCAUAUUUACACACUUAGAUAUUAAAGUUGUGUAUUUUGCAUUUUAGCUUUUAUCUGUUGUGUUUUUAAAUUUUUAUAGUAUAUUAUAAUUUGUAUAUAGUUUGUUAAUAUUUUGUUAUGCUUUGAAUCUUGUUAAUUUAUUUUCUCAACUCUUGUUCUACGCACAGUACAAACUUACUGGUUUUAAAUUUGGAGAAUGAACCUAAAUAUUUGAUGAGAGAAAUCAUAGUGAAACAUUGAUAUAUAUUUUAUUCAAACAUGUAAUAUUGUUGUGCAUUCAUGAUGCAUUUAGUAAUAUGUAUGUUAUUGAGAAAAUAAAAAUCUCCUCAAACUGUU